AAAUAACACGAAAUAUCAGUUUGCUACAAGUUGCGGCAGAAUUGUGCGAUUUUGACGCAAACUGUGUAAUUCCAUGCAAAUGACCUCAACUAAGCUUCUCUUGAACCUGAAUGGUGUUUAUCAUGCCUUGACAAUCAUCCAAGCUUUGAUUUACUUGUGCAUGUUGAUAUCAACCCAGAUCUGCUCAAUAAGGCCAUUUAAAAGCUUCUUGCAUCUUCUUAGCUCUAGCUCUCUUGACUGGACCUCCUGGAAUAUAUGUAAUGGCUCUCUUGACGUGGUACAUGUGGGGUCAUCUUGAUUCCCAUCACAAGUAAUUUCCACCCAAGCCAAAAGCAUAAAGAGAUUGCUUCCUUCAUGAUCUUUUAGAUUUUUUUUUGUUGAAAAGGAAAAGAAAAAUAAUGAGGAGGUUGCCUCCUUCAUAUCUUUUUCUUUUGUUGUAAUGCAGAACUUACUUCUUUCUUAAGAGCCUAAAUUCAAGAAAAAUAUGAAACUUGA